GUCUGAAUGCUAAAGUUACCUACUGUCUUCCAUCAUCCUUCCUACAUCUCCUUCUCUAUCUCUGAUCUUUCACAUUCACACUUUAAUAUAAGAACUGUAUUAUAUAUAUACUUGCAAGAAAUCAUUGGUUGUGGUUGAAUAAGUCUGCAACUUCUGAUGGCUUCACGGUGGGAAGAUCGCCGGAAUGAAACUGGAGAUCCGAAUGAGUCUGAUCCAUUUCCUGAGAAGAGUCCAAGUCAUGCUUAUGCAUCUGAUAAUUCUAAGGUUAUUGGGCCAAAAUCAUAUUCAUACAGUGAAUUAGCACAGGCAACUGGUCAUUUUUCGCUCAAUUACCAAAUUGGUCAAGGUGGUUUUGGUCAAGUUUUUAAGGCAUCCUUAAAUGGUAAGAUCCGUGCUAUCAAGAAACUCAAUAAUUUUGUAGAUGUACAGCCCGAAGGAAAGUUGGAGAACGAGAUUAAGGUCGUUAAUAGAGUCAGUCACAAAAAUCUUGUUAAGCUAGCUGGUUACUGCAUUGAUGGAGCCAACAGAUUGCUUAUUUUAAAGUAUUUUUCCAAUGGGUCCUUGAGAUCUAAAUUACAUGGAAAUGAAAAUGUUUUGGACUGGAAAAAGAGAAUGAAAAUCGCCAUAGGUUCUGCAAAAGGAUUGCAAUAUUUACAUGAAGACUGUGAACCUAAAAUCAUACAUUUAGAUGUUAAGGCAGAUAAUAUUCUUCUUGAUGAUAACUUUGAACCUAAGGUUUCAGAUUUUGGACUUUCCCUAUUUUUUUCGGAUGCUGCUUCUCAUGUCUCAAGAUCAUCAAUUAGAGGAACCCAAAUCUAUGCAGAUCCAUUGACAACCCAAUUGGGAAAGCACUCUGAUAAAUCUGAUGUUUAUUCUUUUGGUGUUACACUUUUGGAGUUGAUUAGUGGGAGAAAACCCAUAGAUCAAAAAGGCGUUAGUAUUGUUAUUUGGGCAAACUCUUUAAUUGAAAAAGCUUUGAAAGGUGAAUAUGGGGAUUUUGUAGAUUCCAGGUUACAAUCCUUUGACCAACCCUUUGAUUACGAAGAAAUGCAUCGAAUUAUUUUUUGUGUUAAUGCUUGCAUAAAUCUACCUCUAGAAUCCCGUCCAUCAAUGAAAAGGGUAGCUCUAGCUCUUGAAGGAAUUCUGCCUCUGAAGAAUGACAACAAAUUGUACUCCGGAGUUUCAUAUAAAGAUGAGGUUAAGCCAAGCCUCAAGCCUCCUAUCAAUCAAGAAACUAAUAAGCCAAGCUCCAAGCCUCCUGUCAUUCAAGAAACUAAUCAAAUCGUUGUACGGAAUGGUCGAAGCACCAGUCGACAACCAACAGAAGCAACUAGUAAUGGUUCCUCCAACAACAUUGGAGAAACUUCAUUUGAAGAGAAGACUCAAGUUUACAAACCGAGGAGAUUUACUUAUUUUGAACUAACAUCUGCGACUCGAGGUUUCGCUAAAAACAACCUUCUUAACGGGGGUCCUUUGGGUAAAGUUUAUAAGAGUAUCCUAAAUUAUGAUGAAACGGUGAUAGUGAAGAAACUCUAUAUAUACAUGUGUGAAGGGAAAGAAGAUGAAUUCAAGAAGAUUAAAGACAUCAGCACUAGUGUCCAUGAUAAAAAUGUUGUUAACCUGAUUGGAUACUGUGAUGAAGGAGACAAAAGGUUGCUCGUUUACGAGUAUUUUCCAGCCAAGUCCUCCUUGAGAUCUCAUUUAGAUGGGAAUGGCAGUUUGGAUUGGCCAACCAGAAUGGAGAUCGCUAUACGCAUCGGAAGAGGAUUGGUAAAUCUGCAUGACUUAUACAAGCCCUGGAAUAUAUACGAGCAUUAUAAGGAUAAUAGCAUCUUUCUUGAUGAAAAUUUUCAACCAAAGUUUGCAGAGUAUAAACGUGACAAAUUUUUCUCAAAAGAUUCUGGAAAUUCUAUUCCUAGAAGUUCUAUGUCUUCAAGAUAUGUAAAGCUAGAUGUUUAUUUCUUUGGUGUAAUUCUUUUGGAGAUGAUUACUGGGAAAUUACCUGAUCUUCGUUCCUAUGAUUCCUUCAACUUAAUUGAAUGGGCUGUUCCUACAAUUCAAAAUGAUUGGCCCCAAGGCAACUAUAAGUUUGUUGAUGAAAAAUUGGGGAGAAACUUUGACGAGGAUGAAAUGGAUAGAAUGAUAGAAUGUACUUUAGCAUGUGUAGAGCGUUAUCCACAAAAUCGACCAGAAAUGAGCAAGGUUGUUGAAGUUCUAGCAGGAAACAUUCCUCGGAAAAAUCUCAAGAAUUGAGAUGAAAUGUUUGAAAAAGAAAAUUAUUUUUUUCCUUUUCAAUAGAAGUUGGAAACUUCCUUGAAAGGCCGAUUGGACAUUGAAAUAAAAGAUAGACCUCAGUUGAAAUGGCAAAGGAGUGUAACUGGAAGACUUUCUGAAUUUUGCUUGUAUUGAUGUGUCUUGGAGACUAUUGCAAUUUAAAAAAAAAAAAAAAGUUCCGUUUGAAAUAAAUCGAAUGUAAAAAAGUGAUUUAGCUUAGAGUAAUUUUUUUAAUUAACUCUUUUUAGUUAAUAAAAUUAAAAUUUUAGU